GGCGUUUUGGACUUUUCACUCUUCCAGCAAUCCAAACCCUGGGUCUUCUAUACCGUGCCUCAUCUAGUCAUCUCGUCUCAGGUUGCGGCCGAACCAGAGCCCCGUCCCAACUCCACCACCUCUCUUCUCUACGGCGCGAGCAAGGGCGGCGCCGGCCGCGGCGUCGGCGGGAACCGGGCCUCGCUCUCCCCAUCUCUCCGGAUAUGCUGUUAUACUUACAAGUGGUUAACUGCUCAUACUCCUUUUAUGAUACCAUGAGUAAAGUUUCCGUUCCACUUAGCUUGGGGAAAAUCGAUCUAGAUCACUUCUGUCCUGUGAAAAUGGCGGAUGAACUACGCUCAACGUCUGUGGGUCAGAAGUUCCAUGGGCAGUCCGUGCUGUUGAGCAGAAUCUCUUCCUAUUCCGCCAUGAACAACCCUGUAUUCAACAAUGCCUAUUCUGCUUACAAUGUGCCCCAGAGGUCAUAUCAUGGGAUGAAUGCAACUGCUGGACUCUCAUCUGUCAUGGCACCAUCUCCUGUCUUUGCUUCUGCCCCAAAAGAGAAAGGCUUUUCUGGAUUUAUGAUCGACUUUAUGAUGGGUGGAGUUUCUGCUGCUGUCUCCAAGACAGCUGCAGCUCCGAUUGAGCGUGUCAAGCUUUUGAUUCAGAACCAGGAUGAAAUGCUCAAGACUGGCAGGCUUUCUGAACCGUACAAGGGUAUUGGGGACUGCUUUGGCCGGACAAUCAGAGAUGAGGGUUUUGUCUCACUGUGGAGAGGAAACACAGCUAAUGUCAUCCGUUACUUCCCCACACAGGCAUUGAACUUUGCGUUCAAGGAUCACUUCAAGCGCAUGUUCAACUUUAAGAAGGACAAGGAUGGGUACUGGAAGUGGUUUGCUGGAAAUCUGGCUUCUGGUGGAGCUGCUGGUGCUUGCUCUCUAUUCUUUGUCUAUUCUCUGGACUACGCCCGUACGCGUUUGGCCAAUGAUGCCAAGGCUGCAAAGAAGGGUGGUGAGAGGCAGUUCAAUGGACUCGUUGAUGUUUACCGCAAGACCCUUGCCAGUGAUGGUAUUCGUGGCCUCUACCGUGGAUUCAAUAUCUCUUGUGUGGGGAUCAUUGUGUACCGAGGUCUUUACUUUGGUAUGUAUGAUUCCCUGAAGCCAGUGCUUCUUGUUGGUACCCUGCAGGAUAACUUCUUGGCCAGCUUCUUGCUCGGGUGGGGUAUAACCAUUGGUGCUGGCCUUGCCUCCUACCCCAUUGACACUGUUCGCCGUCGCAUGAUGAUGACAUCUGGUGAGGCCGUCAAGUACAACAGCUCCUUGGACGCUUUCAAGCAGAUUGUCGCAAAGGAGGGUACCAAGUCCCUCUUCAAGGGUGCUGGCGCAAACAUCCUCCGCGCUGUAGCUGGUGCUGGUGUCCUUGCUGGGUACGACAAGCUCCAGGUGGUUGUCUUCGGCAAGAAGUACGGGUCUGGUGGUGGCUAAGGAUGUAUAAUGAUGAUGACGACGAACAACAAACAUGAUGUUUUAGGUGCCUCCUUUAAGUAAACAUACGUACGGACCCUCGACACCAUUUUAAGUUCGCUCUCGCAGAGGCUGGUGAGUUUGUAGCGUGGCUGUGACCGCACCUCUUUUUAUGUCAGAGAUUGGAAAUAAGUGACGUUAGAAAUUGCUGUCUUGCUGCAUCAGUUUUUUAUACUCCGUUUUUUGUUUUGCGCGUGCAAAGGGUUGCUCGAAUGUAUCUAUGUAGGUUUCGGAAUCACAGCUUACUAUGUUUGAUGAAGGUGUAUGUUCUGUGACCUUUGGCAGCAUCACUUCAUCUGUCUAGCGCUA